AUUGUUUCCUUUGGUCUAUUUGUAUCGCACUCUCGAUAGAUCAAGUGCUAUUACGAUUCCAACCAUGCCCGUGCCACGUAGUAUAAUCCAGCAGAUCAAGCAGGUCAUCCCUCCUCUGAACGGUACUUUGCAUAAAGGACAAUCAGGCAGAGUUGGUGUCCUCGGAGGAGCUUUGGAUUACACUGGCGCACCAUUCUUCGCAGCAAUAUCUGCAUUACGACUGGGAGCAGACCUUUCGCAUGUCAUCUGCUCGCCCACAGCUGCUCAAGCUAUCAAGUCCUACUCCCCAGACCUGAUCGUGCAUCCCAUUCUUUCUGAAGAAGCAUCAUACGCAAAAGUGGAGGGUGAACUCAAGUCCCUACUUUCCCGACUGCAUGUCCUUGUUAUGGGACCAGGACUAGGUCGCGAGGAAUAUAUGCAGACCUAUGCUCGUCUGGCGCUGUCUAUCGCUCGCGAACAGGCUAUGUUUGUCGUCCUCGAUGCUGAUGCUCUGUAUAUGGUUGGGAAGGAACUUUCUCUCGUCAAGGGAUACUGCCGUGCGGUGCUCACUCCUAAUGUAGUCGAGUUCAAACGCCUGAGUGAAUCGGCGGGCGUUUCACCAGAUGUACCGACAAAGGAACGCGCCGGCGAGGUUUCUAAACUACUUGGAGGUGUCGUGGUGCUGGAGAAAGGUCCUACUGAUUUAAUCGCGAGCGAUACUACGGGUGAAGCUGCUAGUCUUGAGGCGAGUAAGCUGGAUGAGGGCGAUGAGGAGCGGCAACGCGUGAGGGAGGUAGUUGAGGUGGAUGUGGAGGGCGGGUUGAAGCGGUGUGGUGGCCAGGGCGAUGUUCUUAGCGGAACGGUCGGGGCGAUGCUUGCGUGGGGGAAGUGUUACGAGGACGGUGCCUUUGGUGAUGGGAGUAUUCCUACUUCUCGUCUCCCGCUUCUGGCGGCGGUUGGUGGAAGUAUGGUUACUCGAACUAGCAGUCGAAUGGCGUUUGGGCUGCAGGGAAGAGGUCUUGUCACACAAGAUAUGCUUCCGCUGCUUGGCAAAUCUUUCUCAGAGGUCUUUGGAGAAGACCUGUGGGCUGGAGAUAAAGACAGGCUCUAGGUUUAAAGACAAGGGAGGAUAGAAGACACCUGCAUGUACAAUAGAAGAAGUUCCACUCUACAUACACUUUGUUUGGGAAGAGGAACACUUUUCGCGGGCUC